GAGAGACUUGCAGGGGAGGGAUCCAGGCGUGGUGGGGGGUGAGGUGGGCUCUUCCCAUGCAAAGAGGGGCUGAGAAGGGAGAGAGAUACAUGCCCAGCCGUCUUCCGAAUUCAAUCCUGGAUCGAAUGCAUGAUGGAGGAAACCACCAGGUUCUCAAAAAUUCAACCCUGGAACUUCAGGAGCCUCCGAUACCAGGAAGCUGAGGGUCCCCGAGGACUUUGCAGCCAACUCCACAACUUUUGUAGGCGAUGGCUGAGUCCAGAAAAGCACACCAAAGCCCAGAUGCUGGACCUGGUUGUUCUGGAGCAGCUCCUGUUCCUUCUGCCCCCAGAGAUGGAGAGCUGGGUGCGGGAAUGUGGAGCAGAGACCAGCUCCCAGGCGGUGGCCCUGGCGGAAGGCUUCCUCGUGAGUCAGGCGGAGGAACAGAAGGAGCAGGUUGAGUUGGAGUGCUGCACUGUGGAGAUGAGAGAUCCAGAGGGAAAGAAGAACCCAUCAAAUCCCCCUCAGGAGCUACUUUUCAAGAGGUUGCCUUGGGAAGAUCCACGUCGGGACACCUCAGGAGAGAAACAAAGAAUGAAGUUUUCUGGCUUUUCUGAUGGACCUCAAAGAGCUGUUGAACCUCCAAAUCAAGAGAGUCUUGUGUCCUUCAAGGAGGUGGCUGUGUAUUUCUCUGAGGAUGAAUGGUCUCAGCUAGAUUCUGACCAAAAAGAACUGUAUUCGGAAGUCAUGCUUGAAAACCAUAGGAACGUGAUCGCUCUGGGUAAUAAUGGGCAGGAGAAUCAAGAUUCCUGUGAAUUGUUCCAAGUGAUCAAUGCUAAGGAUGGAAUGGCAACAUUUGGAAUUCAAAUAGCUUUCGAAAGCCAUGAGAAAACCCAGUCAAAUAAUUGGAAUCAGAAAAGCUCAUCUUCCACUGAUACUCUGAUGCAAGACUUUCUUGCCCAACAAGAGAAAAUAAGGAAAAAAUAUAUUGGGAAAAGUGUGAAGCUAAUUAAAGUUAAAUCACAUGUUAGCAAACAUUAUUUAAGCCAAAACAAAUCAGAAGAUCCUAUAAGAGGACAUGAUGAACAAAAUUACAAUGGGACAUUCGUACAUUCUCUUGGAAAUAACUCUCUUAUAUCUCAAAAAGUGAUUCACAGAAAAAAGAACCCUUAUAAAUGUUUGGAAUGUGGAAAACAUUUUAGAACAAGCAGGCAACUUACUUCCCAUGAAAGGAUUCACACUGGGGAGAAGCUAUACAACUGCAGAAAGUAUGGUAACAGGUUCAGAAGAGGUACUAAUCUUAUUUUCCAUAAAAGGAUCCACUCAGGAGAGAAACCGUAUAAAUGCAUGGAGUGUGGAAAGACCUUUGCUCAAAGUGGUACUCUUAUUUCCCAUAUAAUGAUCCACACAGGGGAAAAGCCAUUUAAAUGCAUGGAGUGUGGAAAGACCUUUGCUCAAAAAGGCGAAAAGCCAUUUAAAUGUAUGGAGUGUGGAAAGACAUUUACUCAGAAUGGUCAUCUUUCUUCUCAUAUAAGGAUCCACGUUCGGGAGAAACUAUAG